CAACAAGAAAUAUGUAAAUGUACACCGUACUAAAAAUAUAAUUAUUAUGAUGCCAAGAGUCAGUCCCACGUAAAUGAUCUAAUGGAUUUUAAAAAAACAAAACAAAAACUAAAACAAAAACAACUAAUUGUGAACUAAAUGUAUUUUUUUAGGAGUUUAACGUUUUUGCAGUGUUAAUUACAUAAGUGUUGUGGUUUCAAAUCAGGUAGUCUAUAGCCAAGUGGGGGGGUCCCCACCCCCCGCAAAUCAAACGUACAUAUUAAAAUAUAUAUAUAUUAUAUGUAUAUGUAUACAUACGCGUACUAUAUAGUAAACCACUAGUCAAACGAGGAGGAUAUACGUAUGUAUGUAUGUAAAACGUAAACGACAAAACGGAAGAGGAAAUGAAAAAAUAAAAAAACAAAAAUCAAAAUGAAAUAUUAUUAUAUAGUGUGUAUGUAUGUGUAAAUACUGUUAGCAAAAUCAAAUUGUCAUUCGUUUAAGUUUGUAUUUUAGCGACAAAUUAUGUUAAGUUCGUUGAUUAUCACACAUCCCAUGGUGGAGCUAAAACAAAAGCUACAAUAGCUAACAAAAAAAAAAACAACAAAAAAAACAAUUCAAACAAAAAAAACCCAAAAACUUUUCUAUUACAGAAAGAAAGAAAGAAAGAGAGAGUCCAAAUUUCAUUCUCGAAAUGCGGUCCUAAUACUAUAGUUAGUUAGUUAUUAUUAUUAAUACUACCUACCGUCUAACCCAACCCCCUCCUACGUUGAUUUUUAUCUUUGUGUUUUUUUAUUUGUUAUCCCGCAACGGAAUAAAGGAAAAUAUUUAACUUGUUUCGAUUCCGACGACUGUCACUAGUUUCCUCCGAUAUACCGAUAUACGAUCUAAGAGAGCACUGGGAAACGAUUUAGUUGGCUAAACCGAAGCACAAAGAUUAUUGAUGUUAUGCGACUCUUUUUUUAAAAAAUGUGUACGGGUCUGUUUGAUUACGUUCACUCUACGGUACUGUUAAUAUACAAAUACGUUACUGUUUAAUAUAUAUUUUAUAUGUGUAUACAGAUGUAAUAAAAAACAACAGCAAAAUGAAACGCCCCUCUUUGCAUUCCAUUCCUUCCAGACCGACAAAACGAAUGUUUAUUUUCAAUGACGAUGAGAAAGGAGUGGCCUAACCACAACAGACACUCAUAUACAUAUGUGUAUGUAAGUAUGGACAGAGAGCCAGUGGGAAUUUAGGCGUAGUACCGGGACCAGUUUAUUCUGCAUCAAGUUGUGAAGCGGAUAAGUCGUACGCACAGCAAAAAACAUUAUUCAGAAUGCGUGUGGUACCGCAUUGGAGCAGCUUUUUGAGCUUUCUCCUGGGCAGCAUUGCAGCUGACAUUCCCGACUGCAAUUACUUCGAUACUGUCAACCUAACGAACAGUUCGAAGUUCCCCAACGGAUCCUACAGCUACGAGCGGCUCAUCAUUCCGCCGACUCUAACGGGGGAGUACGACUACGAGUUGCUGUUCAACGGGAACAGCAGAGCGGUGCCCAGCCACACAAGAGGAUGCGUGUGCAAGGUGAGGCCCUGCAUACGAUUCUGUUGUCCUCGGAGCAAUGUGUUGCAGGUCAACAGGUGCUCGCCGCACAUACACAACGAGCUAUCCUACAAAAUGACCCUGGAUAUAACACAAGACAAUGGGAGUGUAACACAUAAGCACAUCAUGGAGGACUUUGUUGUGCAGGAGGAGCUGCCACUGCCAUGUAGCACUCAUUAUGCUCUAAACAGAAUUAAAUAUACGACAGAUCUGUGGACACUAUUCGAGAAUGGAACGCUCCUACGACAAUACGACAAGAAGUACCUCUCCAAGCAGGAAUACUGUCUGCAGCCGCGGAAGUCUAGGAAACAGAAUGACGGCUUUAACUACACCAUCGUUCCUUACAACUGCGCCAUUGAACCGGACUGGACAAUGGCAUAUGUCAAGGCGGCAUCUGUCGUAUUUAUGGUCAUUACCAUUUCCAUCUACCUUUGGCUGCCCCAGUUCCAGUCGCUGCAUGGAAAGUGCUGCAAUUUGUAUUUUAUCUGCCUGACAGCAACCUUCCUGCUGAAUCUCUUUAGCACUUUCCACGUGUUUGACAGCACAGUUGCCUGCUCUAUUAAUGGCUAUGCGGGUUACUUUGCAGCGAUGGCCACGUUUCUGUGGCUGUCUGUGGUAAGCUUCAAUGUGUGGCGUCGCUUUCAAGAGCUCCAAGGGACACGCCGCAGCAGCUUUUUCAACUAUAACCUCAUCGCCUGGACCACUGCUGGAGCACUUACUCUGGGCGUAUUCCUGGUAGACAGACUUGUGCCAUUUUCCAUUAAACCAGACAAAACUUUCCCCUUGGUACCUGCUGUGGGCGUCUUUUCCUGCUGGAUCUUAACUGAAAGUUGGUCGGGAAUGAUUUAUUUUUAUUCGCCACUGACGUUAUUUAUACUAUUCAAUAUUACAAUGUUUGCUCUGACGACUCACACCAUUUACUUGGCGGACAAGAUCAGGCCAAAAGUGUGGAACGGCAUCGGAAAGCAACAAAUGUCAAUGAACCGAGCUAACUAUGGCGUGUAUGUGCAUCUAUUCAUCAUAAUGGGCGUCAGUUGGCUUCUGGAAAUUGUCGCAUUUAUUUGUGAAAUUGAGAAAGUCUUCAAGCCCUUGAUCGUAGCUAAUGAGAUAAUAAACUGCAGUCAGGGCAUCAUAAUAUUCCUUGUCACACUCUGCAACAGGGACAUGCUCAGGAUCAUUCGUAAGCGAAACCACGAUAGACGGCUCAGUGGUGAUGAGAAUGGAACAUGCAGUCUGACACAGGACUGCCAGCUCAUGCAGGAUAUCAAAUAAAUUGACUGUUAUUGAUCCUCGGAUUGAAUAAACUUUCGAUCAACUUUCAUACAAGGGAUACUACCUUGCCUCCAGCCCGGCGACAUUCCUCAUAAAAUUUUUGUGGCGUUUUUCGAAAAGCGAUUUU